UGGCCCCCUCGUCCCAGCAUCCGUUCGCAGUUCCGUCAGCCUUCCAGCCAUACCCUGCCCUUCCGGAAUCGCCAUUUGUCGCUAUGAACACCCCAGGUUCACCACCCAGCUUCCCCGCUGCCCCGGCUGGCUUUCAGCAGGUGCCCGUUGGAACCUAUGCCCCUCCUCCUGGGCCGCCCCCGACAUCAUCCACCAACUAUGCUCCUCCUCCUGGGCCGCCGCCCGGAUGCCCUCCGGACUACUUUGAUAUCUCCAUUAUCCCGACUGGAAACAUUAUGCUCGCCAAAGACUGUCCGCCACUCGGCGAGCGCUCCAAUGCCAAAUUUGAAGUCAAAGACUCGAGCAUCGUCUCGUUCGACCCGUCACUCCAGAAAAACGUAUAUGCGUCUUGGGACAUGCAACUCUUGCAGCCAGAGGAGCUGUGGAAAUUCUUCUUGUCGCACUUGUCCAAGCCGACGCUGCUGGUGCACAUCCUAGGCCAGCACGAGGAAACCUACACUGAGGUCGUUCACGGAGAUAACGGUACUCGUGUCGAAACCCGUAGCCGCACCGUUACCGAUUUCAGCUUCAACUUUGAUGUGUCGCAUUAUAUCGCGCCGGCUUGGAGCCGGGUCGUAUGCAUCCCCAAGCAAGGCAAGCCCUCGCAGAACUACCGACAGGCUCUCGAGGAGUUUACCUUCAGCAGCAACAUCUUCAAGGAGAUCCACAUGGUCAAGCAAGUCUUUUGGGACUAUCCGAGCCUGACCAAUGCCAUCGUUUCGGCCAUCCGACGCACGGGCUACCCGCAUCGGAUCAUGGUUUCGUAUCCCCUCAAAAAUGCCAAAAUAUGGGUCUUUUCGGACCACCCGCUCUCCAAAAUGGCCCACAACACAUGCGUCAAUGUGCUCUGUGUGCUCACAUGCAUGUGCAUCAUUUUUUGGCCCAUUCUGGCGCUCUCGAGUAAGUUGGUCUCCUCCGUUGCUGCUGGAUGAUGUAGUGCGUCCAGCUGUUGCAGACACAAGGGUGAACCGCAGGAGAGGAUGAUCGAGAC